AUGUUUGAUUUCACUACUAGCAGGGAUACUAGAAAUAUCAACUUCCAUUUGCAAGUGAGUACAAAAUCAUUUAUUUUAUUUUAACCUUUUUUUUUAUGACUGCCUUUUCCAACUCCCUGUUUUACUCCUUUGGGUCAAAGUUGAAAUUUAGCUUUUGAUUGCAACUGUAUGAUAUUUUUUUACUGGCGGCAAGCAGGUUUUAGUUAUGGCAAUUGACAGAGAAAUGGCUUGCCUACAUAGCAAGCGCUUCCAUCGAGUUACAGUUGAGUUUUUUAGCUCUCGUCAUAACUUUCUUGACGAACUCGCGCGGAAACGCUCGCUACGCUGGUUAGGAAAUGGCUUGAUUGUUUUGCAGUGUUCUAAGUUACAUGCAUGUAUUCUCUCUUUGUAAUUGAAAGGUGUUUAGUCGUGGAAAGCUUGUGGCCCAGGAACGUAAACUACAUCCCGUUGAUUAUCAGCCUGGCAUGAAAACAUUCAAAAAUUCCAAGAACGAAGACAUGUUCACCAGCCAGGGCUUCAUUGAGUUUAAUGUAACCCAGAAGAUGGUGCCAAAAUGCCGCGUCUUACUGUUCUAUGUGAGGGAGGACCAAAACAAGGAGACUGUGGCUGAUAACUUGGUGAUUGAUGUCGAAGACACUUUGGAAAACAAGGUAGAUCAUCAGUGUUCAUUCUAA